AUGAAUCCUACGACCGCCACCGAUGCUCAUGAACGAACAUCGCUGUUGUCUGGAAGACCGCAAUCUGCUGCAAAUUCGACGGCUCCAUAUGAGCGACAAGUUCAACCAUCGCGAAAAUCCCAAUGCUUUACUCCAGUGACCGUGAUCACCAUAAUUACGCUCAUAUAUCGUCUCGCGACAACGAUGGUAAUCACGACCAACAUUCGGGUUCUCCACACAGUUGCAUGCCAGCUUUGGUAUCAUGUCAACGAUCCCGACGUAUUUCCAGGGGGAAAUAUACCAGAAAAAUAUUGUGCGCUACCUGGUGUAGACAAGUAUUAUGCUAUAAUGGUGUCUAUGACCACUGUCAUAGAUGGUCUUGAAGGUAUACUUGGGACCGGCAUAGCCAGCUACAUGUCAUCUCGUUUUGGCAGAAAGCCUGUUCUCAUGUUCCUGCUUUCCUGUACCAUGAUCGAUCACCUCGCCAUCCUGACAGUCCAAAAUGUAUACGGAUGGAAGCAGUUGGUAACAUUUGGGUUAAUUAUGAUUGUUGAAACCAUUGGAAAUGAGAACACCACAGUAUUUCUGGUGAGCAUGUACGUGGUUGAUGUUACUGAGGCUGAGAGAAGGACCGCUGCUCUGAGUUCAAUUACUGGCUGGAUUGUUCUUGGAGGCGCCCUCGCCUAUUCAAUAGGCGGAUCUAUAACAACUUUUUUACACUCCAACUCUGCCGUAUACAUUGUAUCGUUCAGUGUCACUGGCAUCGUUCUAACAUUCACCGCCUUUGUUCUCCCUGAAUCAUUCCCUGCUGAAAAAAGAGAUCUCUUGCGGCUUGAACGACUGGCAGAAACCCGUGGACACAGCCAGUCCUGGACCCAAAAAAUCAAAGCUGUGGCAACUGUCGCAUUGGAACCUAUGGAAUUGCUAAAACCGACAUUUAACCCCAUAACGGGGAAGGCAAAUUGGCGGCUUGUAUACUGCGCCCUCCACUCGUUUAUUGUCACUCUAGCAGAUGCGUAUGCUCUUCCUGCCAUGUUGAUAUUUUUCACUACCCAGUAUUCAUAUACACCCGCUCAGAUGGGAUAUGUUAUGACGACGUACAGUGUCUCCAGUGUGUUUGUUUUGGCGAUAGCCUUACCCCUGUUUAUUCGAUGGUUCAAGCCCCUGUAUAAUAAUACUCAAACGAAGUCUGUCCCAGAUGAAGGGGAUGGACUCCGUGCGACCGACUCUGGAGAAGCGGGUGUGCACACACAAGAGGUCGUUGUUUCGGAAACCUCUGAUCGCAUGGACGUCCAUAUCACUGUCAUAUCCUGGACCAUAGAGUCAUUAGCAUACAUAGUUCUCGGUACUGUGGGUUCAUUUUACGCACAACUUUUAGCCGUUGCCUCUAUUGGCUUUGGAUCUGGACGCAUUCCAGGAAUUCGAAGCCUAGUGGCAGCCUCAGUCGAUCCUUUGAAACAAGGGGAGGCACUGGCAUCUGUGGAGAUUAUUUCUAAUGUCGGGAAGAUUCUCUCUCCAAUAGUUAUGGGUGCUAUAAUGACCUCAACCAUAUCCACUCAUUCACAAACAGUAUUUUAUGUUCAUGCGGUAAUCGUCGCUAUUGGCGCCUCCGUACUAUUCCUCUGGACAAAACAUCAUGCUAAAAUGGAUCUCACACUGAUUGGUUUUGGCACCCUUCUCUUGCGUAAUGCAUCGCCUGACACAGGGAUUGUAGUACGCGACCUGGCAGUUCCAAAUUUUGCUUUAACUUCUCUUGUUAUGGCGUUCGAUCUCAAGACUGAAGACGGCCUCAUCACAUAUCUCACUAAACAUCUUUCUUUGGACGUCGACACGAGCGGAGUGAAGCGCCUUAGCGGAGGCUUUGUCAAUGUAACCUGGCGCAUUAAGCUCAAUGCUCCUUAUCAAGGUCAUACGAGCAUCAUCCUGAAGCAUGCUCAGCCGCACAUGUCUACGGAUGAGGAUUUUAAGAUAGGUGUAGAACGUUCGGUUUACGAAUACCAGGCUAUCAAGCUCAUGAUGGCCAAUCGGGAGGUUCUGGGAGGCGUGGAUGGCAUAGUUUCUGUGCCAGAAGGCCUGAACUACGACUUAGAGAAUAAUGCAUUGAUCAUGCAAGAUGUCGGGAAGAUGAAGACCCUUUUAGAUUAUGUCACCGCCAAACCGCCACUUGCGACGGAUAUAGCCCGCCUUGUUGGGACAGAAAUUGGGGGGUUCGUUGCCAGACUCCAUAACAUAGGCCGCGAGAGGCGAGACGAUCCUGAGUUCAAAUUCUUCUCUAGAAAUAUUGUCGGAAGGACGACUUCAGACCAGCUGUAUCAAACCAUCAUACCCAACGCAGCGAAAUAUGGCGUCGAUGACCCCUUGCUGCCUACUGUGGUUAAGGACCUUGUGGACGAUGUCAUGCACAGCGAAGAGACCCUUGUCAUGGCGGACCUGUGGAGUGGAAAUAUUCUUCUCCAGUUGGAGGAGGGAAACCCAUCGAAGCUGCAGAAGAUAUAUAUCCUGGAUUGGGAACUUUGCAAGUACGGCCCAGCGUCGUUGGACCUGGGCUAUUUCUUGGGUGACUGCUAUUUGAUAUCCCGCUUUCAAGACGAGCAGGUCGGUACGACGAUGCGGCAAGCCUACUUGCAAAGCUAUGCGCGUACGAGCAAGCAUUCGAUCAACUACGCCAAAGUCACUGCAGGUAUUGCUGCUCAUAUUGUGAUGUGGACCGACUUUAUGCAGUGGGGGAGCGAGGAAGAAAGGAUAAAUUUUGUGAAAAAGGGGGUAGCUGCCUUUCACGACGCCAGGGGCAACAACGACAAUGGGGAAAUUACGUCUACCUUACUGAAGGAAUCAUCCACUGCGUAA